AUGCCCAGCAGCAAUUCAACCAAUUCCACCUCGUCCAAGAAGCGGAGGACGACUCGGAAGACGUGCGCGCCAUGCAAGGCCAAAACCCGCACAUGCUCAGCAUCGCUGCCUUGCCAAGAAUGCGUGGCAGCCGGUGAGGCAACUAGCUGUCACUAUCGAGGUGGACUGCAACUGAACGCCUUGAAGCGUCCCAAUGAUGCACGUGAACCCGGCUCGAGUAGAGGUUUGAAGGCGACUCGCCUCAUCGCUCCUUCUCCAUCGCCGACGCAAUAUCCGACGACUCCUGCGAGCGUUCAAGCCUCUUCGCGGCUACUGCGAGUGCAAGAUCGUUCCGACGAUCCAUGGCCACAAAACGGCGUGACCGGCUUGUCUAGCUCGGAGCCGACACCAGGUGGCUGGGAGGCUCUUCAACAGACCGCCGAACCUGGCCACCUGUCCAGGCCCAGUCCCCUCGACACCCUCGCUCGAAUCGCACAGGAAGCUGCAUCCCAGAAGUUGCGGAGCACCGAAAGCCUGGCACCACAGUCGAGCGAUACGAGCCCUUCCGAAAGAGGCUACGGAUCAACAAACACUUCUCCUGCUUGCCUGCGCACAUCAGACCUAGUCGAGAAAACGGCGAGCGACGAUCCCGGUGCUCGAGAGCAGUCAACUCCUGUCGUUCUUCCCUUCUUUCGAUACUUUGGCAACACGGCAAUAGCUCCGGGGCCGCGGUGCGUCGAGGUAGAGGUGAGAGACGAGCAGACGACUCUGAUGAAUCAUCAUCACGUCUCGAUUUCAGACACGAGCCGGAGCGGACCUCUAGAACCGCUGAGGGAGCACAUGGCUCCAGUGUCGAGAGAAACAGCGACGCAAAAAGCCAGCUCGGAGCCUUGCACGGGUCUCUUCGACGAUACGAAUCCAUCGCUGCCGUCCAGAACCAUCUUGGCACGCCUGAUUCGCGUCUUCUUCCUCACCAUGUCCUGUCAUCUCCCCUUCCUGUCGGAGGAGAGAAUUAUGACCGAGCUAGAGCAAGGCCAGCUCGAACCGCUAGAGGCGAACUGCAUCGCGGCUCUCGCCUGCCGCUUCGGCAGUGGCCUGGGAUCGAACUCGCAGCCGCUGGGAGCUGGGCUAGAGACGGCUGAAGCUAAUUGGCACGCUGCGUCAAAUCGCGAGGCCACUCCGAAUGUGGCUAGGUAUAUAUGGGCAGAGCCCUUCGCGGAAAAGGCCAAGGAGCUGAUCUAUCCGAUGUUUGCACUGCCAUCGCUCAAGGUGUGCCAAGCGUUGGUGAUGAUCACGUGGAUCGAGUGGGGCAGCGACCGCGAUUCGAGCGCGUGGCUUUGGAGUGGUUUGGCCAUCCGGAUGAGCCAAGACAUGGGGCUUUCGUACUGGGACUCGCUCGAAUCGAUCUCGGACGGCGAGACGCGACGAGUGCACCGGCUGACCUUCUGGGCCGUCUACUUUUUGGAUCGCGUCAUCUCGUACGGAGCCGGACGGAGGGUGACGAUCGCGCGAGCCGAUAUCGAGAUUGAUCCCCCCACGAGCGCAGAGUGCCAUGGCUGCCGUCGUGAUCCUGCGAGGAGGGAUGUGAGCCACCCUUGGCCGCAUCUCAUUCGGCUGCUUGGCCAUCGAGGUGACAUUAGCGACCAGCUCAACAGCCGGUCGGCUUCGAAGCCGGCUGAUCGGGUGGGAGGCGGGAAGGAAGCGCUGUACGACUUUUUCCGCUCGCUGCCGAUGGACGUGCGAUUCAACGUGUCGAAUCUGCGCAGCCAUUCGCUCAACGACGCGGCACCGGUGCUGGUGAUGAUGCACUGUCUCUUCCACUCGCUCGUGUGCGUCUUGCAUCGACCAAGCCUGGUGCAGACGAAAGGCGACUGGGCCAAAGGCAGGGAGUUUGCCGAGGCAUUUCGGUCAGACGCAUCGCGCUUUCCGGCGGAGUGUGCGUCGUCGGCGCGCUCGAUCAGCGACAUGCUUUCGUUUUCAGGCCUGGUGGAUGAGCGGACGAUCGUGUGUAACCCAUACAUGGAUCACGCCAUGUUUAUCGGGGCUAUCGCGUUGGUCGACGAGCUGCAGCAAGUGAUGCAGGUGAACGGGCGGCAAAGUCAAGCAGAGGCGGAUGCAAGCGCCACUGGAUGCGUUGCUAGCGACGAACUUAAGGCUCGUUUUGCCGAGGAGACGCUGAGGGAGAAGAUUGUGGUGAUGCGGGAUGCAUUGGAGACGCUAUCGCGGUUCUGGGGGGGGAUCCGAUGGGUGUGCGGAUGGCUGGAGGAACGAAGCCAAGCCGUGCAGCCGCGUGGCGAGGCGGAGGCGAGCGACAGCAAAGCGACGUAUCAAGCGGCUCCGACCAAGGUCAAGGCGGAUAUGAUGCGCUUCCUAGCGCGGCUGCGUGCAGCCCAACGAAAGGCGCCACUGGAGGAUCCUGCCUCGGAUUCGGCGGGUGCUGCCGAGCGCGCAUGUGUUCCGACUGCGAUCGGCUCGCCGCGGAGCAGGCUCGACAGGGUGAUGUUGACGGAUGCAGCUAAGUCGGCCCAAAUCGGCGAGGCAGGCGAUGCAGACGAGGCCGGAGAAGCAUGCGACGCUGGCGAUGCGUUGCGCGCAGCGACGGCACCAGUUGGCGUGGCGCAGUUGGGCGCGAGACAACAGGCUAGUGGCGACGCGUGGGACUCGCUUGAAGCAAUACUGGGCGAGCAGGGGCUGGUGCUUGACGGGAUCUUUGAUUUCGAGACGCCUUGGGACGAGCUGGGCGACAUGAGCGGGAUGCUUCAUUGCGGCUAA